UAAACAUCAGCAAUAAUUUAUAAACAUUUCCCACUAAGUUAUAUCUGUUCCUUCCCACCCUUUUUCUCUCUCCAUGAUCUUUUUCUGCUAGCUACAAGACUGAGAGAAAGGGAGAGAAGAAGAGAAAAAAAAAUAGGAAGACAAUUACAGGCGAAGAAGAAGUACAAACAAGAUAUGCCAUUGUAUAUCCAUUCCGUAUUAUCGAUCUUCUAAUUGCUUGAAUAACAAGUCUAGUUUUCAUUGGAAGUUUUUUAGAUGCAUUAAUGGCGUAUCAACAUUAUCGAUCACCAUUUGGGGACACAACUUACACCAAAGUUUUUGUUGGUGGAUUAGCAUGGGAAACUCCAACAGAUGUAAUGCGCCGGUAUUUCGAGCAAUUCGGAGAGAUUCUUGAAGCUGUCAUUAUCACAGAUAAAAACACUGGCAAAUCUAAAGGAUAUGGCUUUGUAACUUAUCGUGAUCCGGAAUCUGCAAGACGGGCUUGUGAUAACCCGAAUCCGGUAAUUGAUGGAAGAAGAGCUAACUGUAACAUCGCUUCUCUUGGACGGCCUCGUCCUUCACCACCUCGAGGUAGGGGACAAGGAGGGAAUCCUUAUCAAGGAGGGGGAAUUCCACAAGGGGCAUCAUCAUCAUCUUACAGUGGGGUGGCAGGAGGAGCAGCAGCACCAUUACCAUUACAUCCACCACCUGCAACUCCUAUGAUAUAUUCACCAUAUGGGUAUGCAACGUACCCUCCUGAUUAUUACCAUCAAGCUGCGGGGAUGUACAAUCCAGGGACGUACCAGCAAGCAGCAGCAGCAGCACAUUAUUAUCAGCAAAUGUAUGGAAGUUCAUCAUCACCAUCUCCAGCAUAUUAUUACGGAUAUUCGAUGCAGGGAUCAAGGGGAACAUUUUCUGCAGCUACUCAACGCUUUCAAAGCCCAACUGCUUCUUAUCUUUAUUAUCCUACUACUACUGCUCAUCACUUGCCAGCUGAUGCUGCCUCUUUUACUCCCCCGCCUCCACCUCUACUCCAACACCCUCCUCAUGCUGCAACUACAAGGCUUCAGUUUCCUUCUCCUACUACUGAAUCUCAAAAUCCACAGCAAACCUCAGAAGACACAACAGAAGUUGGGGCAGUGACUACUGAGAGUCCAAAUACAUAAAAAAAGAGAGUACAAGCAGCUCAUCAGCAUGGUGAAAAUAAAAUUAAAAAAAGAAAAAAAGAACUGUACAAUCUUUAACAAGAAAAAGGAAAAAAAAAAGAAUUAACGAGACUUUACUCUAUUUUCAAAAAAAGUCUAUCCAUUAAUUUUUCUUAAUUUGGUCCAUGCAUUCCAUGAGGCAAAAUUGAUUUCAAACAACAAGAAGAAGAAAUAGCUGAUUGGACGGACUACUUCAGAGAUAUUAUUAUUUCAUGGCCAAUUCAUCUUUUAUUUAUUUCUUUAAUUUUCAAUUUUAAACAUUUCAAUUGUUGUUCAUUUAUUUAUUUUUCAUUUUUACUAAACAUGGAUCGAUCCUUUUUAUUACUGUACCAACAGUAGGACGGAUAUAUUAAGCUCUCAAUAACGAAUUUAUGACAUAUUUACCCCCUUUAUUUUAUUUUA